AUGGCGGCAUUCAGUACGCACCCCUGCUAAAGGCUCUCCCGGCACCGGGGCCACCUCGCGCAGCGCUGCUUUUGCUUCUGCCUCUAACAGAUGGCAUGUGCCGCUGUCGCUGCUGCUGCCCUCGCCACUGCCGCUGAUAGCAGGACCCCUUAGCCCCUGGGUUUGCGCUCGCAGCAGAAGGUUUCUGAAAAGUGCCUUUUCUGAACGCUGCUGCUUCGAUUCCCCUCUAGAGCUGUUUGCUUACAAACCCCUCUCCCUCCCCAGCCCCCAAACCUGGUUUGCUUGUAGUUCAGUCUCAACAACUUGUCCAUUCUCUUUUCCCUUUGAUUCCCAGUUUUCCUAGUCAUUUUCCCUCCUCCUGACUUUGCAGCACGUUUUAUUUUUACAGUUGUCCCAUCCUUACCAAUCUUAAUCAUUAAAUCCUAGAAAUAGGGAGAAAAACAUUUCUCCCCUUGAUCUGAGACCAUUCCACAAAUUGAAGGGCAACUAGCAGUGUAAGCUUUUUGCAAGAAUAAUUGAAAACAUCAGCUAAAGAGCACAGAAUUCUUUUGAAAGCCUGCCAGCUAUUGGAAGUAACUUUGGCAAAGGAACAAAUUAAACACUCAAUAUCUUAACCUUUCUGGUUGCCUUCUUGGGAGUUGGUCUCUCAUUUAAUUUUUAGCUAUUCUGAUACGAUUUUUAUUUUGCGAUUGGCUUUUUGUUUGAUCAGACCAAAUUUUGGCUGGGACGAAAACCUAAGUGCUAACAAAGAAGCAUUUCAGCAAAGCAACCUCAUCACUUCGCAUCUAGCUUGAAUUCACUUUUAACCUUUUAACAGCACUGAAACUGUCCUAAAGAGGGUGCACUUGAUUCUAACUUCGCUUUCAAUAUGACGGCGGUCAAUGUCACCCUGGUUCGAGACACCCAGUGGCUGACUUUAGAAGUCUGCAGAGAAUUUCAGAGAGGAACCUGCUCUCGAGCCGAUGCAGACUGCAAGUUCGCCCAUCCGCCGAGAGUCUGCCACGUGGAAAAUGGCCGAGUGGUGGCGUGUUUUGAUUCCUUAAAGGGUCGCUGUGCCAGAGAGAACUGCAAGUACCUUCACCCUCCUCCACACUUAAAAACUCAGCUGGAAAUUAAUGGACGCAACAAUCUGAUCCAACAAAAGACCGCCGCGGCCAUGUUCGCCCAGCAAAUGCAGUUUAUGCUCCAGAACGCUCACAUGUCAUCACUUACUUCUUUUCCUAUGAAUCCAUCACUUGCGGCUAAUCCUGGAAUGGCUUUCAAUCCUUACUUACCUCAUCCUGGGAUGGGCCUGGUUCCUGCUGAGCUUAUACCGAAUGCCCCAGUUCUGAUUUCUGGAAACCCGCCUCUCGCAUUGCCAGCAGCUGCUGGUCCCAAACUGAUGCGUUCGGAUAAACUGGAGGUUUGCCGAGAAUUCCAGCGUGGAAAUUGUACCCGUGGUGAGAAUGAUUGUCGCUAUGCUCACCCUACGGAUGUUUCCAUGAUUGAGGCAAGUGAUAAUACUGUGACGAUCUGCAUGGAUUACAUCAAGGGGCGAUGCACCCGGGAGAAGUGCAGGUACUUUCAUCCUCCUGCACACUUGCAAGCCAAACUCAGGGCAGCUCAUCACCAGAUGAACCACUCAGCUGCCUCUGCUAUGGCCCUCCAGCCUGGUAUGCUUCAACUGAUACCAAAGAGAUCGGCACUUGAAAAGACCAAUGGUGCCACUCCGGUCUUUAACCCCAGUGUUUUCCACUGCCAGCAGGCUCUGGCUAACCUGCAGCUCCCGCAGCCAGCAUUUAUCCCUGCAGUUGAAAUUCUGAACAACAGAGUUAUGGAGUAUCAAGAUCUCUCCAUGAGAACCUCCAUAUGGCCUUUCCAUGUAUAUUCUCAUAGGUCCUCUUCUACCAACGCAACAAUAAGUGUGGUGCGGUCAAUAUAUUAAACAAAAUGCAUCGACCAACCAACAGAUUCAAUUGACAAAACCAGUAAAGCAUUAAACAGUCAGUGGAGAUGUUAAAACAGCAUAGAAAAUGAGUAACUACCAUUUAUCUUAUUUGAAUUAGUAGGUAGAACGUGACCGUAAAGUUUUGUAGUUUGUUGCAUUAUUCUUUGUGAUUUUUCCAAUAACCAUUAUGCUGAGUGAAUCUCCACAGUGGGUAAAUGUUCAUCUGUUUUGAAGUGUUACCUUACUGUUUUGUUUACACAAUAGUCUAUUGGGUUGAUUUAGAAUGUAACAAAGGUAACCAGUACCAUUUUCCUCACUGUUGUAUUGUAUUGUAUUGUGGUGUGUUGUGUUAGAUUUUUACAUACUAUAGUGUUUUCCUCUAGAUGUGUGGUGUUUGAUUUCAACUAAAAUAUUACUAACGGGAAACAGAAAUAUGUGCGUUUGAAAAACAUAACAGAUUAAUGUUAAUAUGCUUUCUCUCCAGAACAUUUCUGUAAGUUUCUUGGGGCAGACAUUCAUUAUAAACAUGCAUGUGUAUAAUUUGUACCUGCCCAACUGACCUUGCAUAAUACAAUCACAUGACUAGGGUUUUUUGGGGGAGAGAGAAAUAAUUAUCUGCA